CGAAUUGAUUAUCCUUCAGGUAAAAAACCCAUACAAACCAAAAAAAUCACGCAAGGACAGAGAGUUCACCGAAAUGUGAGAAUGGCCAAUUUAAGAAGUGAAGUGGUGAAACUGUACAAAAAUCUGCUGUACCUUGGAAGGGAGUAUCCCAAAGGAGCAGACUACUUCAGAAAGCGGUUGAAAGCAGCUUUUUUAAAAAAUAAAGAUGAGACAGACCCUGAAAAAAUUAAGCAACUGAUUGCCCGAGGAGAAUUUGUUAUAAAGGAGCUGGAAGCUUUGUACUUCCUGAGGAAAUACCGAGCCAUGAAGCAGCGCUACUACAGYGAUGACAAGUCCUGACUGUGCCUGUAACCACACACAACCAGCAAAGGUAACAAUAAAAGAGCUGUAACUGCAAAAGAAAUAAGAUGUACAUUCUUCCACUCCCUCUCAAACAGGGCUUUGCUUCCCCAUCAGUAGUCGCCUGAAGGGUUUGGGGGGUGCACUUUAUGGAUAAUAGGUUUUCCUCCACUGCUUUUGACCUCCUCAAACUAAAACUUCAGGUAUKAAACAAUUUUGCAGGAAGGAGUGGUUGCACAGCCCUGUUCUGUUUCAUUUCAAUGUAUGUGUUGAACAGAAACUCUUCUUACCCCAUAGCUGUGUGUUUGGGUGUUGGUUCAAGGUGUUGUGCUUUCUACUUGAAUGAUGUCACCUGAUUUUGAAAGUCCUCUGCACUGCAUGAUCCAUUUCCACUGGAAAUGAGCACCCCCUCAAAAGUGAAGUUUCCAGCCCUGUAGAGGGAGUGCUGUGUUCAGUUCUGGUCUCCACAGUUCAAGAAAGAUGAGCUGCUGGAAAGGAUCCAGCAGAAACCAUAAAGAUGAGAGGUCUAGAGCAUCUCUCUUAUGAGGGACUGUGAGAGCUGGGCCYCUUUAGGUCAGAGAAGACUGAAAGGGGAUCUCAUCAAUGCACAGAUACGUCCAGGGGGUGUCAGAGGAUGGUGUCAGACUCCUUACAGCAGUGCCCAGUGACAGGACGAGGAGCAAUGGCCACAAAGUAAAAUGAAAGUUCUACCUCAACAUGAGGAAGAACUUCCGUACACUGGGAGUAGCAGUGCCCUGGAACAGCUGCCUGGAGUCUCCCUCUGGAGAUAUCCCCAAACCACCUGGACUUGUUUGUGUGUCACCUGCUCCAGGCAGGGGGUUGGAUUAAAUGUUGUCCAGAGGUCUCYUCCAACCCUGACCUAUUCUCUGAUUCUGUGAAAGUAAAUUCUUAAAGCUCAUCUGUUCUACUUGCAGAGGCCCCACCUGACUGUGCCAGGGAGAUGACUGUGGGGUCAGGAAAGGGGAGAGUUUGAACAAUAGUGGUUUAAACACUCAGACCCUGAAGACAAUUGCUGCUACUGCUACUUUCUGCUGUUGUGUAACUGCUGCAGCAGGAAUAGAAAACUUGAUUUUUGCCCCUGGAAGAGAAGUUUGGCCAUGGCUGUUUGCUCAAAGCUGUCUUUGUAGGCCUUGGCUUGACUCCUAAUUUUGUCAGAGCUGGUACUCUGUACAUUGUAGGGUUGRUUGGUGUUUCCACCAACUAAAUGACAUUGGAGAGAGAAAAAGUUUUUGAAAUACAGGUAAGGAAUCACUGCAGUAGAGCUGUUGGUAGCAGCAAGUCUUCACACUAUCACUAAGUCUUCACACAGUUUUAAGGUCACUCAAAGAGUUGCCAGCACASGCAUCAGCAAAACAGGGUUUAAUAUAAAAGUGAAAGUGUGACAAAGUCCAUUCACAAGGUUUACUCUACUUUACUAAGUGGUUAAAGCACAGAGAAGAAGCAAACUAAAAUCUACAGUCAAUCAAUCUAAACCAAAAUCAACYAAAAAUUAUCUCUGUGGAGGCUGGRGGUACAAAAAGGAUAAGGAUGAGAAAAGGUAAGGCUAAAAGGAUAAGGAAGAUGCUUCCAGUAAGUCACAAUGUUCAGAGURGAUCMCCUUGCUAAACUGUGYCCCAGAAUCUGAAGAUUUAACAGCACGUAAGCCACAGUUAAACAAUUUAACUGAAGAUUAAUAUAGAAUUUGUUAUAAGCACAACAGUAACUGACUCAGGCCUAACUUACUUGCUAAUCUUAAGUAUUCCAUAAUCUGAGAGCACUACCCAUUGUAUAUUUUCUAUAGUAUAUCCACACUCACACAUUCUUUAAGGAGUAUGUACAAGAUAUAAAAUUCCCCUGGAAUUCACUGAAGCACUUACCUUGGAUACCUUUACAUAUUCUCAAUGGCUGAAGGGUUGAGCCUCAAGGAAAGGGGACAGCAGCCCAGGCUCUGUUGUUACUGGUCCUCCAAAUGUAGCAAACUAGAGACUUUACUGGCUCUGAGAGACCCCACACAGAGGGAGAUUUCUGAUCACUGCCCACUGCAGUCCAGGAGAGCUCCGAGGGUGUUGCUCUGGACCACUAUUUGUAGGGUCACAGGAGAGUUGGGUUUACUCACAGCAAUUUUCCAUCCUGACCACAAUUCACUUUGAAAUUUCGAUGGGAAAAAUGCUGUUCCAUUGAGGGUAUUCUUCGGGCAUGGAAAAUAAGUUUCUGCGGCUGUUGGUUACAAAGCAGGARCUCCUCAAACAGCACCAGUUCUGGGAACUGUUCCUGAUAAGCUGCAAAGAAGGUCAGCCCAGGUCUCGUCAUUACGGCUGAGGCCUAACAAACAUUUCUGACAUCACAGCAUGGCCUGAGGAACAGGGGGGGGUGGACACAGCACCGCCCUCAGAGGAUUGAAGCACAGAAUUUAAAAAAUGAUGGCAGAAUACAGCACCUUGUGAUGAAACACACGUGCUCCAGUUCCAGUCACCACAUUUGACAUUAAAAACUCCUUCCACAUCAACAGAGCGCCUCUGCACUUGUACCUGCUCUGAGCAGCUGCCCCUCAGAGAUAGGGGCACCGAGCAGGGUAAGGACAGCAGCUCUGAGAGGGGAAGCACCAAAGAAGUACAAGGAAGAAUGGAGAAUGAAUGCCAAGCACGUGGAAUUCUUGGGAUGCCCCAUUGAAAUUCUUGUAGAGGAGGAGGAAACUGGGACAGACACAAUAACUAUUUUUUAUUACAUUACAAUAAAUAGGAGCAGUACAGUUUGACAAAAAAAAUGACAAAUUCCAGAUCACCUCACAGCACAUACUCCUAAAAACAUUAAAAAUUUUAAAACAAACAGUGGUCUUUUUUUUUUCCUUUUUUUUUUAACUUAAUGUCUCGCAUGACCAACAUUCCUAGGUCACACAACCAAAUUAUGGAAAAACUGGAUCACACUGCAUAUGUUCCACAUCAAAUAAAGCACAAUGUACAAAAUGUGCAUGUUUCAGUUUACACUAUACAAAAAUAGUUAAAAUACAUUCCAGGUAAACAUAUUACAUUAAGAAGUCAUUCUAGUAAGAAGUUGGCACUCAAGAGGAAAAAGCAGAAGUAUUUUCAACAUGAAAACACAAGACAGUGGAAUAAAGAAAUGUUAGGAAAGAUUUACCAUCUAUGUAGCUUUAUGUAAACUUGAGACACAAUGAUUUGUUUUACAGUUUGAUGGUCUUUGAAGGUAAUAAUUGUAUUGCUUUAUAGUCUAGACAAGAGCAGAAGAUUGUGUGUGUCAGUAUUGCCCAUUAUCCUGUUACUGUAACAAAGCCCACASAGCAAAAAUAGCAAAAAAUUUCAGGGCAAUGAAACUGGUCAGAAUAAUUCUUUUUGGAACAAAUCGAUGAUGCAGGUAUUUAGCAGAGUACAUAAAGCUACUGUAAGAAGGUGUUACUCCCUGACACAUGGCAGUUUGACGURGGGACAUGGGCAGUGACUCAGGCUCACUCAGGAGCUGCUCUCAGGACACACAGCACCCAGGGAUGUUCUGUGGAAGCAUCUCAUAAACAGGGCAGGACAAUGAUGAYGGAGCAACUAGUGCAAGAUGCAAUCCAGCAUGCUUCACCAAAUCUCAACAAAUAGGAAGACAAAACUGCACCACAGUGGCAAGGAAGGGGGUUGGUUGGGUUUUUUUUCAAAGUAAAUGAGGAUUUUGUACUAAUUUAAUUAGACUGGAAGCCACAGCUCACAUUUGCUGGAAAACCCCAACGCUGGUUUACGUAUAGCUUYAUAGUAAAGCUAUAUUAAAUCCACUUUUGUUGUAUAAAACAUUUCAGCUACAAAUUCUCCGAACAGCUUUUAGUUAAAUGAACAUCAGAAUUUUAGACCAGCCCUAAUUYGACAUGCAGUGUGACUCAGUUACCAAAAUUAAAGUAACCUUAAGAUUACUUUCAUUUGCUCAASGCUUACAACCCACUUUUGCUACGUUCUUCAUGUAUUAUCAAGCGUAUAUAAAAUGUGCAAAUAACUGUCUCCAACACAUUUUAACCUUGGAAGCUCUGAAAUAUUUUGUGACAUUAAGAAUCUGUUCUUACUCCUUAUUGGUCCUUACAGGAUAAAGUUAGGUUCUCCUGUUACUGUUUUUCAGAAUAUUUAAUAACCUACAUUUCACAAUGAAGCUGCAAGGAGGGGAGGRGUCUAGAUUUUGAUGAAGGGUAGGAAUGGGGGGCACAGGAAGGGAAAGGCCCCAUUUCUCCCAGACGCAAUGAAA